CACAAACCAUCCGAACCUUCACUCAACACAGACGUCCCAAAGCCUUUCAACGCUCGAGAUUCUUGAUUCUCAAUUCUCUUCUUAUUUCAUUGUUCGAUAAUGGAGUAGAUGAAUCAAGCCAUUUCAGAAUAUUUCAUACUAUUUACAUCUUCAUCUUAUAAUCUCUACCCUAUCAUUCCAUUCACUCAAAUCGAUUCUUCUCAAAUCAAUUACGUUGUAUAAUAAUUGUAUCACGAGGCUCAGUUCACCAGUUCUACUAUCAAAAUUACAGUCAGUCAGUACCCACCCACCACCUGCAUGACUCUUGAUCGCCAUCUGAGCUUCAACCUCAUUGUACCACCAGAACUUCUAAACUUCUAAACUUCUCAACCUCCAUACAAAUUCACCAAAUUUUUAAAAUUUAUCCCAUCCAAACUAUUCUUGCGCAAUAAUAUAAUUUCAUCAGUCAACACUCGAAAGACGUUUGAUAUUCACCAAUUUACCGAAAGAUCUUAAACUCGAUUCAUUGUCUGUCCAACCCUACGCCUCACUGAGAGCCUACUCGUAAAGAUGUUUGUUGCUUAAAUUCAGUCAAGUACCCACUUCGAGCACCUUCCCCCCAACAACGCCUUCUUCUUCCCUACCAGUCAGUACCUUGGAGGAUACCGAUACGGACCUCCACAAUCUUGGUCGACAACCAUCCUCGAGAGAUAAAACUCUAGAACCCUCGAAACCAUCAUAUUAUUGUACUACGAUGGAUGCCCAAGUUAUGUGGUAUCUUGAAACCGCUUUAUUUAUCAUCUAGAACUACGAUUGUUGAAGUGUGAAACCUGCGUGUGAGCAUUAUCUUUCUGCAAAUACCAGCGCAUCUUGCAUCUGCUGAGGCGACAGCGUGCUACGAUUCAACAUCUACGUCAACAAUUAUCAUAUAAUGCAUCAGCAUCCUCGGUCAUCACCUAUAACGGCCUCACCAGCCUCAUCGCCGCGAACAAAUCCAACUCGAACAAACAACCCUAGAGAAGAAAGUCGAACGGGUCAUUCGAGAUCAUUGUCCGAUAUGCCACAUUAUCAAGAGGUAGAUGAUGCUAGUGGAGAUGGUGGACCCAUGACUGCUACUGGCCCAAGUCGAGAAGCGGUCAAGAAGAUGGAUCAAAUCAUUCAAGUCAGUGAUGCUCUAUCAUCAUUCAUCCUCGACCUGCAUUUGAGACAAAACUAACGUGGAAACUCCCUCUAGAACUUCCAUACGAAAGCUGCGAUCAUCGUUCUAGGAUCUAGAGUAGGACUUCCUGUAGUCUUCACCAAAGAAGGAACCAAGAAAGUCAACAAAUGGGUAUGUUUUGGCGUCACUCUUUCAGUUGGAUGCUGUCAUGACUAACUUUUCCCUCCAAUAGUUUCAAAUCGAAACCGACGAUACCGAUGCAUAUCGAGAUGAGCUUCAUACUUGGCGAAUGUGCGGCGGCUUCCAGAAUCGACCACCGCCACUGAUAAUAGAAACAUAUCUUGAUACUUCACACUUAACGAGUAGUCAGAGAUUGGUUAUCGUGGAUGAUCUGGGGAAACGAUGGGAUGCUUUGGAUGCUUUAAGUAGUUCUUGUGGUUCGGAUGAUGGUCGUAGCGAAGUCAUACUAGAACGUUGGAGAAUUGAGCUCAGAGACAUUCCUGGGGAGCAGCCUUAUGAUUUUGGGUCUACAUUACCCACCAUCUACAAAAAGUGCAUUGUCUUCUUCCGCUCAUUAUAUUCAACAGCAAAACUUGUGCCAGCUUGGAAAUUCAAGAAGAGCCUAGGGAAGAAUGGAUCACCAACAAACUCAUUAAUUAUCAAUUGCCGUAUUACAACCGGUGAUACUCAACCACGUCGAAUCGAUGGCUUAAAGCAACCCAUAUUUGAUCAUAGUGGCCCAGUCACCUCAACUUACGUUCUUGGAACUACUGAUACUCCAGCUGGUCAAAUCUUUGCAGAAGUAACAUAUCGAAAUGAUUGUAACUUUCGUGUUGAUGAUUCCGAGUCUAUUCUCAGUUCGAGAUUUAUGGGUGCAGAUGAACAUUUUUUCACGCCUUCCUUGGCCGCUAAAGGAGAUUUAAAUCGACGAAGGUCAACAAAGCAAACGGGAAUUGGGUCACUUCCAGCACACAAGCACCUGACAGAUGAUUCUGGGCCGGUCCAAACAUAUGGAAGUUUAUCAACAUUCCAUGGAAAUGCCCCACCAAGAGGCUCAUCCCCCAUGUCCGCCUUGAGGGCUCAAAGACCCAUCGGGUCAGAUACAAGUUCUCCACCUGUAGGAUCUCUACCAUACUCACGACCAUUGCUCACAUCGAAAGCUUCUUUAAAGUCAUUUGAAGGUGUCGCGCUGGCGAGAAGACCAUCCUUGUCUUUUCAGCCAUUUAAGGCUGGCUCUCUGUCUUCCUCCCCUAGUCGUGCUACUUAUGCUGGCGAAACUCUACCUGCAUCUCCAGGAUCUCUGCCUAGAGUAUCAGGAAUCAGUGCACUUGCGCAAGCAAGAAAUCGUUCUUCUCUCACAGCUGGUAUGCCGGCUACUUUGAGAGGUGGUCCCGUGACUUCAGAUCAUGUUGUUCCAACAUCUGUCUCAAGCUCACCAAAACCUGCCCCGAUCGCCCGAUACAGCAGCAGCUUUACACAUCGUCGCAGCAGGCCAUCUUAUGGAGGAGCUAGCAAGUUAGUUGAUGACGAUCAAGGUAGCAGUGGCAAACAGAGUCUUUCAUCUUCUGUGCAGCCAGGUUCUGGCAUUCUUGCAGAAGCUGGAGCAGGAGGAAGUUCCGGAUCUUUACAAACCGACGAUGACAAUAUAUCCGAUUUCUUGAAACUUCUGGAUAGUAAGAAAACUUUGCAAAGCUUCGAGCCUUCCGGAGAAGCAUCAAAAAAAAGAGCCACUGCACAAUUAUCCAAAUUUCAAUCAAUGCGGGACUCACAUAAUGCUCUGACCGAUUCUAUGGCUUCUUCAAGUAUGCUUCAAAGAUCCUCAAGCUCUUCGAGUAGACAAUUGUCUAGUGUACCUCCCAUGGUUGCUGCCACCUCGAUCUCAGCAGCAUCCUCCCCAGGUAAACCCAUCUCGCCACACACUCCUCACACUCCAGCCAUACCUUCACGACUAAGUGCAAAUUCAAUAGCUGAGUAUGAUCAACCACGAAGGGUGACUCGACGAAGUAGGACCACAGAGGCAAGGUUGGAAGAUGUCCAAGAUAAUGAUCACUCGAAUGAUGCGGGUACAAAUGCCAUCGAUAUUCCUACCUCUCCACGACCUUAUUAUCCCCACGCUCGAAGAUCAAGUUCCGUCGCUCAGCAACACCGAGCACUAGCAAUUGAUGAUGAUUUGGGUGAUCUUCCAUUUGGAGUACAUAGAAGUAUUAGCUUAGGAGCCGAUGAUCGAGAGCCACCAAGCCUAAGUACCCUUUUGAAUAUAGGGCAAGCCUCGGAUGAUGUGGAAUCACCAACUGGACAAUCGCCAUCCCUGCUUCAACCAGCUCCUCGCAUCUCCGAAGGAUCUACUGCCAUGUCUCGUCAAGCCUCAUCAUCUUUGGAAGCUCAUGAUUCGGAAGUUCCUCAGCUUUCUCGAUUUAGUGGCCCAGGAUCUGCAAACUCACCAUAUCGACCACGUAUCGGUAAAACUGGUGGGCGCGGAGUUACUCCACCACAAACAGGUUCUUUCUCUAGUCUUCUAGUAGAUAGGGGAAGUGCGAGUGGCAGCGAAAGAGCCGGUGGCGGAAGAUAUAGCUUCAGUAGAGGUAUUGGGGCAUAUGAAGCAGAUGAUGAGCCACUUCUCUUCGAUAUGAGUGAAAUUGGGCGAGACAUCUCCCGAAGAAGCAUCGACGAACCUAGAGGGGGAUAUGAGGCAAGUAGAGGAGGUGAUUCUAGCUCAAGCAGUCGUAGAGGUAGCCGAUGGGGCAGGUAAUAUAUUCCAACAUACGAAACGAGUAUUGAGACAGGAUUCCAACUACGUUUCGAUAAUUGAUGCAUUACACGUCAUUUACGAUUAUAAGAUAUGCUGUAUAGUUUGGAGAUACAUAGCGAAUUGCGCCUUGAUUUAUUUUUAUUGCCAUUGGACGGAGUUGAGGUUCAAUUCUUUCAUCACAUUGUUUUUACCGAUUGCUUCUUUUUUGGGAUGGCAAACAGGACAUUGAUUUCCUUUAUUCUGGCGCGUCUCGUCUUGUAAUUAUUUAAGCUGAUGCUGAUGCUUCAAGGAAAGGGGAGGUUCGGUCAUAAAUUGAAUGGGCAGUUUAUUUCGGGAUGGGAUUGGAUUUGAUACCUUGGUGUUAUUAAGAUUUGAUGGAUAGGGUGGGAGGAAGGGAGGGAAUGGAUAGGGAGUGUGUGUAUGUGUGUAAGGCGAAUGAAAUACAUACAUCAAUAUUAAA